AUAAAACAAAAUAAUUUUAAUAAUAAUCAAACGUGCCUGUCACUAUUUUGCGUUUUUAAGAAAAAUAUGCCAAACUACUAAUAAAAUAAGCCUAGAAUUUCUUUUUUUUUAUCACUGAUUAGUUUAUACGAGUGUUAGAAAUAAGAAUUAAUUUUAGAAUAAGCUAGGCUAAGACACAUACGUACUUCACAAGGGCAGAAAGACCGAUUGGGUCGAUAGCCUUUUUCUGUAGGAAAUAAAGAUUAUUUAUGGAUAGAAUAUAUAUAGUAAUAAAAAUGUAAAUUUUAUGAGGGAAAAAUAUCGAAGCCCACCAUAUUUUUCAUUUUAUUAAAUUUAAUUUACUUUUACCUAUACCUAGGUUUACCUAUUCCUGCUCAUUUGCAACUUCAGCUAGCAUUAAGGUUCUAUAAUAUGCUACUAGCAGUUUCCAGGUAGGUCAAGUGAUAAGUGCUUAAUACAAUUACGCUUACACGAAAGCAACUCUCAUUAUGUAAUAUACUAUUAUAUUGUGAUGAAUGAUUACUGAACUAUGCGUCUUCUGUCUAGCUGAAUAUACGGUUUUCCUCUGGCGCUCCAUUUGUUUACUCCUGUUCAAAAUUCGCUUGAUCCGUCAAACUUGUCUUUAUCUAUGAUAAAUGCCAAUGGUACCAACCGGACGAUCAUAAGAAACCUAUGAUCCGUCACUUAACAGCCACUUUUCCAAGUCACUCUCGAGGUGGAACUAUAAAAUGGCUUCUAUCUCAAGUGUCAAAAGUCACUCAAGUCGUUCUUCGAUAAGUGUCUCUCAAGUGCCACUUGGCACUUGGACUAUAAAUACGGCCAUCAUGGUUCAUGGUUUUAUUCCUAUAGAGAAAAUGAUGUCGGAUGAGUCCGAAAAUGAUGUAGCGUAUGAGGAACAUCAAGACGACCUUUACUAUAACAAGUAUAAAUUACUGAUAGAAGAAUGUAGCCAUUUGCAAAGGGCAAAUGAAAUCCUGGUGUUUCGAAUACAAGAAGUGAACAAAAUAACUAAAAGGAGACACAAAGAAGUUCAAUUUUUUAGACAGAGACUAAUGAAUAUUCAUGAUGAAGACUGGUCAGUAAUACCUCCCGAUAUACUAUCAGAGGAUGAAGAAGACGUUAAACCAGUGAUUACAUCGCUGAUUAUUCCAAAAAAGGAAAAGCUGGAGCGAAAUGAAGAACUUCUCAAAGAAAAAUCAGAAAAAAUAAAAAAUGAGAAACCUAAAGCAACCAAGCGACCGCCUCGAAAAAAAGUGCCUAAAAGUGAAAAAGACCCGAAUGCUCCAAAGCGACCAUCCAACCCAUUCUUCCAAUUUUGUCAAGAACAAAGGCAAAUUCUUAUGGAACAAAUUUCGGCUGAACUUAAACCCGGAGAAGUCGAACCCACUAAGCAAGAACUUACACGACAGUUGGCUCUCAAAUGGAACUCCCUCUCUGUACCUGAUAAAAAGGUAUAUGUCGACAGAUAUGAGCGUUCCAAGGAAAAAUAUAAUGCUGAAAUGGAAGACUACAAGAGAACGAAGUAAUCAUCAAUCCACCAAAAGUGCAUUAUGUUUGAUUUAAUAUAAAUUAUUGGCUA